UUCCAGCACUAUUCCUGCGGUAAUUUUUAGUCAAUUCAGUUUUACAAUGUUUUUUGUCUCGGGGUUUUUGUUAAUAAAUUAGCCAGAAAAACAAAGUAAAUAAGGGUUUCUGCUGAUUUGGUGGCCAUGGAUUUGGUGGACAUUGAUCAGGUUUUGGAUAAUCUGGAACUGCGCAUUGCGGCCGACGAGCAGCUGACCAGAAAUGCAGCUGCAGCGGCGAUCUCCGUGAAUCCUGGUCGCUUUCUGGGCGAUGGAGCCAGUGCAUCCAGUCAUGGAGCGGCAGCUGGAGGAUCCGGAUCUGCGAGUGCGACACCAUCAUCCCUGGGCGCCACGGCAUCGAAAACUUUCGUGGGCGUCUCCCAGGUUUUCAAUAGCCUGGAUGACUAUAGGGAGAACGUGAAGUCCUUGGAGGUGGAUGCCCAAUUGCCCAGCUACGAUUGGCAAACGGAGGCCGAACACGAGGACGACAUCCACAAGUUCAGCGAACGGACGUCGAAAAACAACGGACAAGCGAUCGUAUCCUCCUCCGAAUCCCUGACCACUUCGUCCUGCUCCACUUUCUCGUCGGGUCCUUCGCCCGUCAGCAAUGGCAGUCACUCGGAGGAGCUGACCACGCCCCCCGAAAGCGAUCGGCCAAGUGAGGUUCAAGUGAUGCCAAAGGAAGAAGAGCAACCCAAGGAAGAAGUUGAUAAUAAUGAUCAUAAUCAGGAUCAGGUGGCUGAUACCGAGCCGGAUCUACCUAAGCAAAAUGUGGAGGAGCUGGCCGUGGGUCUGUCCUCCAUCUCCAUCACAGCAUCCGUCACAGAAUCGCAAUCCUUGCUGCCAGAGGAGGUCACUGCAUCCUCGGUUUUAAGGCAGGUCCUGCAGGACCUCUCGGAGGAAUCGUCGCAGAGCAGGGAACCGGAAACCGAGAUGACCAAUGGCAUUGAGAUUCCGGUAGCUCUUGAAAAAGCACCUGUUCCAGAAGAACCUCCCGCAGAGGAGAAGGAACAGCAGGCACAAACCGAGGAGGAGGAAGUGGAGGUGCCACAGGAGCACCCCAGACGCAGUCAACCGCUCACCUUCUGCUCCACCAUGGACGAGAUCUCCGACACAGAGCUGGACAGCAUGCUGCAGGAAAUGGACGCGGAUGAGAACCAGGAGGUGGAUCAGGAAAUGCCCGAGGAUGAGAAAUCCCCCUCAGCUUCACCAGUGACCGAAGAGGAGUCCGUGCGGAUUCUAUCCGACGAACAGGAGACGACCUCCAAUGACCAGAUGAACGUGGACAACUUCUCGCAGGCGUCCACCGUUGAGUUUGCCGAUCUGAAGCCGCAGGAAACCGCAAUUCCGGUCACCGCAAUGGGCGAGGAUAUAGCCUCCAGUUUCAGCAGCACGGAGUCGGAUUCGCUAUCGGGCAGAAAGCUGGAUGGCGAGGAGGAACAGAGGGCAGAAAGAGAGCAGGAGGAUGCCAGUCUGGCCACCGAUGCACUGGAAACCCAAGAGCAGCGUCCGCAGCGUCCCCAAACUCUGGAUUUGAAUGGUUGCCAGGCGGGAAAUUCCACUCCAUCCCAAGAUGAAACCCCUGAAAUCCAGCAGGGAGAAACGCAGCCUGCUGAAGGUAAUGAAGGAGCAGCUGGAGCAAGUGUAAUUUCUGGUGAGGAUGAGGAGGAGAGUCCCAUUUACGAGGCAGUGGGAUACAGCGAUCCGCAUGCCAAUCUGGGCAAGGUGCCGCCCAUUUGGGUGCCGGACAACAUGGCCGGUCAGUGCAUGCAGUGCCAGCAGAAGUUCACCAUGAUCAAGAGACGCCACCAUUGUCGCGCCUGCGGAAAGGUUCUGUGCUCCGUUUGCUGCUCGCAGCGUUUCCACCUGGAGUUCGCCAACGAACCGGAGUCGCGUGUUUGCGUGCAGUGUUACAUGAUCCUCACCGAGCGACAGGCCAAUGGCUCCAGUUCCGAAUCUGCUCCGGGUUCCGUUUUGCCGCCCACUCCGAUGCGUUCGCCGAAUCCCAACAAUCCGAUGGAGUACUGCUCCACAAUACCGCCACAUCGUCAGGUGGCCUCCUCGCCAGGAGCUCCGCCGCCCAGCGUAAUUGUGCCCGUGGGUGUCCUAAAAAAGAACGAUGGCAGCUCCUCGAACUCCUCGAGUUCGGAUGGCAAGAAGGGCGCCAGGAAGCGGAAGAGUGUCAUGUUCAGCGAUGGCAUUGCACCGGGCAGCGAACUGGCCAGCACCAUGGAGCAGCAGUGGGGCGAGGCGAAGCAGGCGAGGAGGGGACUCUCCAGGAGCGGUUCCGGUGCUGGUCAGAAGCCACCCACGCCUGCCACAGAGGAGCCACCACGCAGCAUCGAUACCAGUUCAACGUUGGGUUUGGUGGCUCAACUCUUUCGCGGUUCCAUUCCUCCAAGUGCAGCGGCUGCCACUUUAUCGGCCACUGAAGCACCAAGCGCUGGUCGCUCAUCAUCCCAAACCGCGGCUCAGACCUCGCCGCGUCGCAAAGCGGAACCGGCGCGCAAUCGCAAACUCCCGCCGAACGCAGACGCCCAAGGUUGCUAUCUGCCCGCCGAGGAGAACGGCCUGCCCCCCAUUUGCGUUGCCAGCAAAGAAGGCGGCGAGGUGGACUACAAGGUGAUGCGCAACGAUGCAGCGCUCCUCGAGCGAUUGCAGAACGAAACGCUCAAGUUUAUCAUCAAGAAUAACUUCUUUGUGCUGGUCAAAAUUGUUAACAUGAGCUGCUGCAUGAAUCGCUGGGUGCUUAACUUCACCACAUCCGGACUUCAUCACAUGGGCAGCGAUGAGUUGAUUAUUCUGCUGGAGAUCAAGGAACCCAAGCAGGGAGAAUCUGUGAGUGGGGAAGUCGCCAUCCCGAAGGAUGUUUUCCAGCAUCUUUACGAAAUCUAUGUGGAGGCGGAGCAUGCAAGGUCGAGCACUCACGAAUUGGCUUUCACCAGUCCGCGCAACGCCAAUUUCCUGGGUUCCCGGGAGCAUGGAGGAUUCAUUUUCAUCCGGCCAACGUACCAGUGCCUGCAGGGUGUGAUUGUGCCAGAUAAUCCCUAUCUGGUUGGGGUGCUUAUCCAUCGACACGAAGUGCCCUGGGCCAAGGUUUUGCCCUUGCGAUUAAUCCUCCGUUUGGGCGCCCAAUAUCGCUACUAUCCUUGUCCAUUGAUCUCGGUGCGUGGCAGGGAGUCGGUGUAUGGAGAAAUAGCUCAAACCAUCAUCAAUUUCCUGGUGGAUUUCCGCAACUACUCGUACUCUCUACCGGCCAUCCGGGGAUUAUACAUCCACAUGGAGGAUAGGCAGACCACGGUGAUAAUUCCAAAGUAUCGCCAGCAGGACGUAAUCAAGGCAAUCAACAAUGCCAGCGAUCAUAUUCUCGCCUUUGCUGGCAACUUCUCCAAAGUGGCCGAUGGACAUCUGGUGUGCAUGCAGAACAUCAACGAUGAUCGAUCCGAGAUGUACUCCUACUCCACGCAGGCCAUCAACAUUCAGGGGCAACCACGGAAAAUCACAGGAGCUAGUUUCUUUGUGCUGAAUGAAGCUCUGAAGAGCAGCAGUGGUUUGUCGGGCAAGUGCAGCAUCGUGGAGGAUGGCCUGAUGGUGCAGAUAAUGCCCGCCAAAAUGGAGGAGGUGCGUCAGGCUCUGCGCAAUCAAAAUGACAUCGAUAUCGUCUGCGGACCCAUCGACGCCACCGACGAUCAAAGUGAGAUUGUCAGCAUUAAGUGGGUGGACAAUAAUCGGGAUAUCAAUGUGGGCGUUAAAUCCCCCAUUGAUGACCAACCCAUGGAUGGCAUAUCCAACAUGCGAGUUCAUGCCACCUUCAACUAUUCCAAUGCUAAUUAUGCAAUCCGUUUGAGUGAUAUAUACAUUGUCAAGUGCGAAGACUGGUAUGCCACAAAUGGUGGAAAUUAUGCGGACAUAACUCGAAUUGCCGAGCAACUGGCUCGCAGCGCCUCGAUGGCCCUGCUGCCAUUCCUUGAUCUUUUAGCGGCAGCUGGCAUUAACAAACUUGGCCUACGAGCCACUCUCGACCAGGAGAAUGUUGGUUAUGAAGCCGGUGCGCGAGGCUCAAAGCUGCCGCCGCUGUACAUGAACGCCCUGGAUAACCAUCUGAUAGCCACGCUUCAUGGCGAAUCCUCUGGCAUUCAGGAGCCCAUCGUUCUCGAGCUGGUCUUCUACAUACUGAACGCCUGACUUUAGUCCCUCGUAGUGCAAUUCUCCUGCUGGCUUUCGAUGUCCAGAAGGAUCUUUCUCUAAACUCCAAGCUCGACGCGAACAAAGCUUACAAUAACUACACGAGCCCAUGGGGCGGAAAAGGAGGAGGAGGAAGUUUAGUCGUAUUGUUGGAUGGCUCAGUUAACUGUGUAUAUAUUUAAGUAGCUCAUCGAUUGGUUUUUGUCUCUACCUUUAUAAGAUUCUUAUCCCUUUUCAUUUCAAAUGUUAUAUUAUUCUUGAAUUUUAUUUGUUUUGAGUUUUCAUUGAAAGUAAAAAGUAUCUAAGCAACCUAAAUAUAUAUAUAUAUUUGUAUGUGAUGUUCUUUAAUAUGCUUUACACAUUUACCACUCGAGUAUAUAUGAAUAACAAACUAUAUAAAAACUGUU